AUGCCUUUGAAGACAUUUGAUGUAACAAACAGUGGAACCGUAAUUGCGGAGCCAUUGACCCCAGAAGCAUUUGCUCCCUACGGUGGAGUCAUUAGCGCAGAUCAUCAAAUCAAGAAUGUAAAGAGUAGUGAAGCGAACUAUGGCACUGCAGUAAAGAUUCAUAAGGUUGCACCAAUUGUUAACAAUUUCAAGGACUGUUCGAGUGGAAAAGAAGCUACAGCAAAUUGGAAUAUAUUCAGAUGUUCUUUUCCCAAAAAAUCAAUCACAAGAGGUUCCCAAGGCGAUCAAGUAUACAAGGCCAGAGUAUUGGAAAGACACCCUUUCAGUACGCAAACAUUUAUCCCUAUGGGACUGGCACAAACAAAAAAUUCAUAUUUAGUUAUUGUUGCAAAAAAUGAUAAAGAUACAUCACCCAUUAAUCUACCAGACCCUAGUACUGUUAAAGCAUUUAUUUGUAAAGGGAAUCAAUCCAUCACAUAUGGGCAGGGCAUUUGGCAUUCGCCCAUGGUUGUGAUAGAUGAAGAAUCUCCUUAUAUUGAUUUUGCAGUGUUUAUUCAUGAAAAUGGAGUCGAUAAUGAAGACGUAGAAGAAUGCUACUUUGAACCGGGUUUUGCUAUUGAGUAUCAUAAAGAAGAUACCAGAUCUAGGGCUAAAUUAUAA